AUGCCUUUACAUUCACUUGACGACGUUGAAUGCCAUCAUCACGGUGGAAACGAUUAUGAUCAAAUUAGGGGCAAUGAGCUCAACAUUGUAGAUGCAAAAGACUCCUAUGCUCCAGGUUUCGUCAUCUCGCCAAAGCACUUGGACAUUUCACUGGACUUUAACUUGCCGAAUAAGAGCCUAAACGCAGUCGUCAAGCAAACUUUCGUCAAUCCUCACACAGCACGUGAUCUACCACGUGAAUCUCUGAUGCACAUAGUCCUAAACGGAAUCGCACUCAUCGAUCUCAAAGUUACUGGUGAAGAUGUCACCUCCGCCUAUGAUGGCAAACUUAUCGAUAUAUGGUGGAAUACACCAUUCAGCCCAAACGAAUCACGAGUCGUGACGUUCGAAUACUCUGUCAUUGAUCCCAUUACAGGAAUGAGCUUCAGUGCUCCAGAUUUCAACUACCCAAACCGUCCCCUCCAUGCAGUAACAGAUCACGAAACAGAACGAUGUAGAUACUGGUUACCAUGUGUCGAUUUUCCGAUCGUCAGAACGACACUAUGCUUCCAUUUGACUACAGACAUGACACAUUCAGCAUUCGCUAAUGGCAAAGUGGCGGAUCAGAUUGAUGAAAAUCCUGAAGCCAGACGUAAAACAACACAUUAUACGCUAGAUAAUGUUGCUUGUCCUUCGUACUUGAUUUGUGUUGCUGUGGGAGAGUUUGAGUUUGUACAGGAUGAAGUUGUGAAUGGGUGUCCCAUUGCUUAUAUUGCUCCUAAAGGAACGCCACAUGAUUGGAUUAAGAGGGCUUUUGAUAAAACGCCUGGGAUGAUGAAGUGGUUGACUAAGAGGGUUGGACAUCCUUUCCCCUUCCCUCGAUAUUACCAAGUGGCCAGUGAUUACGUUGGUGGUGCUAUGGAGAACAUUACAUUGGUUGCGUGGACUAGUUUGGCUCUCAUGGAUGAUACUUUUGCUUUGGAACGUGGACUUGAAGUCGAUUCCACCAAUAUACAUGAAAUGACUCACUCAUACUUUGGAGACUUGCUUGUCAUUAAGCACUUUGAACAUGCAUGGUUGAAGGAAUCAUGGGCUACAUACAUUGAAUAUUGCUGGAUGGACGAGACAGUCUCAGACGAUGAAGCACGAUAUGAGAUGCUGUGUUCUGCAGACCGAUACAUUGCUGAAGCUGCGAGAUACACUAGACCUAUCGUUUUGAGGACUUUUGAUUCAAGUUGGCAGCUGUUCGACAGCCAUACCUAUCCUGGUGGGGCGUGGAGAAUCCAUAUGCUGAGAAAGACGCUCGGUGAAGAUGCUUUUUGGAGUGGUGUUUCUACCUAUGUAAAGACGUAUGCUGGUCAGAUUGUCGAAACAGAUGAUUUCCGAAAGAUUUUGGAACGUAACUCCGGACUAAAUUUGACGAAAUUCUUUGACCAGUGGUUUUACUCAAAAGGGUAUCCCAAAAUAAAAGCAACCUACGAAUACAAUCGAGACAAGAAAUACGUCGCUAUUGCUCUUGAGCAAACCCAGGAUAUGAAAACCAUGCCGUUGUUUGAAAUCACUAUUACCAUCGAAAUCACUGAUAUCGAUAAAGUCAAGUAUAUUGGAUCUGCUACAUUCACCAACUCAUCUCGAGUGGUUGUGGUCAUUCCUGUUGGUAGUGCUAAACCUGCCAUGUUACGAGUUGAUCCUGAUAUGAAGGUCUUGUUUUCGCUGGAUUUCGCUACGGUUGGAGAAGAGAUAUUGGGAAAUACGGCUGUACAGGCUCCUGAUCUCUUCAAUCGGGUAUGGGCGUAUCGUGAACUGGUCAAAUUGGGUAGUUUUACGAGUAUGAAGAAGGUGAAGGAUGCAAUUCUCAAAGAACACUUUUAUGGUGUUCGAGUGAAAGUUGCUGCAGCCUUACAAAAAGCCAAAACACGAUCAGCCAAUGCAAUUUUGGCUGCUAUGCUUGAUGAGGAAGACGAUGGACGUGUCCUUCAUUUCUUGAUAAAGUCAUUUGCUAUGAAGGAUGAAGUGCUUCGUACCGCACUACUAGCAUUUUUGAGUCGAUCAACAAACUUAUUUUAUCGUGCCAGAGGAGCAGCAUAUCAAUACCUUGGUGCUCAAAAGAAUCCUGAUGAUUUGCCCUUACUUUUUGAUGCUGCUUCAAAUCCGGAUCUUGUUGGAAUGCAUGGUAUUAUCAGGGCGGGAGCAUUGCGUGGACUAGGAGAAUCACGAUCAAAAGCUGCUUUUGAUUAUCUCAUGUCUCGUCCUGCCGCUGGCGUAGAACCGGAAAGAGCAAGACCCGCUGUCUUGGAUGCUAUAGCCACAUCUGCCGCCUUCCAGAGUGAUAAAGAUGAAAGAAGUGCGGCUGAUUUGUUGGCUGAAUACUUGCUCGAUGAAAAUGAUUCGGUUAGAAAUGCUGCUUAUCUAGGAUUGAUAAGUCUAGAAGCUCGUGACAAGGCCGGUGACAUCGAAUCGUCUCUUGUCUUAUGGCCCGACCAAGACAAACCAUUCGUGAUUCGCCGACUACGCCAGCUACGAGAAUCUGGAAGGUCUGGUGUGAGUGAACGAGUGAAAUCGUUGGUUAAGGAUGUAGAAGAUCUGGAAGCCAAACUCAAGAAGAUUGAGAAUUGGGUUCAAGACAAAGAUGCGAAAGACAAAGCUACUACUGAAGCUUCUGCAUCCGGUGCUGCUGCCAAUGAAGCCAAAUUGUAA